AUGUCGAUUUUUUAUUUUUUAAAUGGAAAUAACCUCUUUUUUUAUUUUAGAAACUGUAUAAAGCUCUCAAGUUAUACUAGUCAAAAAUGCAGUUCUAGAUCCAAUUUUUCAAAUUAUAUUGGUUCUACCCCUAGUUCAAAAAGCGUUUCAACAGACGUAUCGCAUUUAAAUGUUAAUAUACCCUUUAAUAUAACAUCUCAACCCAAUCAAAUAUAUAAACUGCUUCUGGAUAAUCCAUAUAAGUUUGAUAUUUUUACUACACUGAAGUAUGUUGAGAUUUUACAGACCUCAAAGCUAUCCGACCCCAGGAUUGUCAAUAUACUUUCUCAACAACUCCUGUGUAACCUGGACAAGUUGACAACUGCCAGAGCAAUGAGCCGUUUCUUCCGUGUCUUGGAACCAUCUUCCCACUUAACCAACGAUUUCUUCAACACACUCAUUAGUUACAUUUAUGAGAAAAAGAUUUACCCCGAGUUAAAUCUUCCCAGAGUCUGGACUUCCUAUUUCAAGUUCCUAGGCUCAAAUCGCAUAUACCACAAAGAACUAUACCAAGAUUUAGUGUCCCUUUACAACUUGUACUUAAACUUGUUCUUAUCUUCGAGCGAUCCGGAGACAACAGGGGAUAUUGUUCCUAAAAAAAGGUUACAGGAAAGUAUUGCCACAGUGAAUUGGUGUCUUUGUAUUUGCAGAUUCAAGGAUCAUACCCUUUACGAGACGGUAAAGAAGAUAAUUAAAACCCACAAACUUGACACAAGCACACUGGUUAGAAUUUAUUGGAGCUUUUCAAUAUUGAACUUACCAACCACUGACUUGAGUGAAAUUAAUCAACUGCUGAACCAAACACUGGAAAACAAUUCGCUAUAUAAACUUUCACACAUUAAUCAGAUAUACACAAUAUUGAAGUCGCCCAGUUUUUCCAAUGGGUUGAGUGAGUCAGAACAGCAAGAGAGAAAUCAGUUGAUAGAAACAUGUAAAGAGUAUUUAAUCAACAGCAAGUAUAGUAAAAACGGGAAGAUAAUAUCAAAAUCACAAAAACUAGUCUCAGAUUUCCUUAUACGUCAAAAUAUUCCACACCAACUGGAAAUACUCACAAGUGAUUUAUCAAGUGUUGACAUUUACAUUUGUUUGAAUGAUGAGAAGAUAAUUUUGGAGGUUGACGGACCAACUCACUUUAUUAGGAACUUGGAUGACCCGAGUGAAACAAGGAAAAUUGGGCCUUGCCACUUUAAGGAAAAGUUGCUUAAGGAAAACGGAUUUGUGUUUAUAUCAAUCCCUCCAAUACACUCUGACACACAAAACAUAAAACAAAUAGACGAGUAUUAUAAAGAGCUCCUCCAAAACUCAGGAUCAGCGCACCUAAAUGAAAUUAUGAAAUAUAACUAA